CAUGUUUUUACAAAUACUAUGUCAAUCUCCCAUCAAUAUGCCCACAACGAAUUUUUACGCAGUUUUACUACAUUUUCCUGUAUAAUUUUAUCCAUAAUUUCCUUCGUACAUUGUAGGUACCAACUUUACCCAGAGAAAAAUUACCCAAACAGUAGCAAUAACGAGAGCAUAUACUCCCUGCAGCCGACGACGAUGGAGCAGAUUAACGAUUUCGGUGACUUGGGGAUCACUAUUCACAAAUGCUGCGAGCCGGACGUAAUUUUAGACUAUCAAUUGAGCUGUAGAAAUCACAAAGCCAUCGAUUUCGAGCCGAAGCCGUUUUUGGAAAAAAUGGAACACUAUUUCGUGUUGGAGCAACUCGCCUUUUCCAAAAUAUACCUAUCCAGAAUCACGAUAAAUUUCAAUUAUUUGCAGAACAUUUGGAAUCCAACGGACGGCUUUGUGUAUCAUUGGGACUCAUCGAAACCCAGAUCAGAUGCUAAAUAUGCUUUCUCCGCCGAUGACGGAUCAUUGCUCCAAAUGGAUCAAAAACACAGCAAAAUCAUCAACAAAUUCCCGACCAACACCUAUUGCGUCGAUUACGACGGCAUUUUCCACGAUACAAUUAUGGUGUACGUGAACCCCUGCAGGGAGCGAGUGUGCAUAAGGAAAUGCUGCCCGGAGGAUCACUACUACAGCAUCACCUACAACACCUGCCAUUUGUCCUACACUUUGGAGCCGAUGAGAGUUAAUUUCUAUUUUCUCACGACGCCGUCCCUUAGGGACGUUUCCUACCACACGAAUUUCGGAUAUCCGAAUUGCUGGAACGAAGGGGACUGCACCAGGAUCAACAACAGCUCCACCUCCUCGGUCUACAUCCAAGAGGACGGGAAUUUAUUAGUCGAUAAAUCGAUCAAAUACCUUUAUUACAACACGAAUUAUUAUUGUCUGGAUAUAUUCUCGGACGAUAAAAAUAUUUCGUACUUGAAUGGAUUUUACGAUGAAAAAUCGGCAGCGGCCAUUUUGAUCGGUAAGAUAGAUUUGUAUGCGAAUAUGAUCGAGCCCAGUACACAGUCCACACAAGUUUCCAUGGAGUUCGGAGCUACAGAGCAGCUUUUAGAGCUGAAUAAUCGUCAAAUUCGAAUUAUUAGUAGUGUUGUAAACGUCUUUUUAUCGCUCACCUUUGCACUAGUUCUCUUCUAAACGAGGAAAUAUAUAAUUUUGG